AUGGACGCGGAAAAGGCCUCAACGAAUAAGCCCAUGCAUCCAGACGAUAUCACAGCCGGCAACAAUGGUCGCGGUCACAUCCGACAGGACGAUGAGUCCUCGGACAUGAAGGUGGCAGAAGUUCUCGAUGCCUUUGGUAAUGAGGAAGGUGCCGAAGUUCAAUACAAAACCAUGACAUGGUGGCAAGGAUCAUUCGUGAUGAUUGCUGAGAAUAUCUCACUUGGUAUUCUUUCUCUCCCAGCUGUGCUGGCCAAAAUUGGUCUCGUCGGUGGUCUCAUUACUAUUCUCGCCUUGGGUCUUUUCACCACAUAUUCUGGUUACGUCUUGUGGCAAUUCAAGAUGAGAUAUCCUCAGAUUACAAAUUAUGCAGACAUUGGUGGAGUAUUGAUGGGACCCAUCGGAAGAGAGAUCUUUGGUGUUGCUUAUGUCAUCUACUGUGUUUUCUGUAUGGCAUCGCAUAUUUUGACUUUCACAAUUGCUAUGAACGUUCUCACCAACCAUGCAACUUGUACCAUCGUCUGGGGUAUCAUUGGAUUGGUUAUCUUCAGCUUCCUUUCCUUGAAUAGAACGCUCAAAAAUGUCUCAUUUUUGUCCAUCAUCUCCUUCACCAGUAUCCUCUCCGCCGUAAUGCUCACCAUGGUCGCAUUAGGAGUAUCGCCACAAGCGGCAUCCGACGCCAUGAGAGCCACUUACCCAGCAUCCUUCCCAUCAGCCUUCAACAGUGUUUCCAACGUCGUUUUCGCAUACGGUGGUCACGUUGCCUGGGUCAGCUUCAUUGCCGAACUCCGCGACCCCAAGGAAUUCCCCAAGUCUCUUAUCCUCCUCCAAGCCGUCGAUAUCACUCUAUACUUCGUCGCCGCUCUCGUCAUCUACCGAUAUGCCGGUGUGGAUGUUGCCAGUCCAGCCCUCAACAGCAACACCCCUCUGAUCCGCAAAAUCGCAUGGGGAAUCGCAUUGCCGACCAUCAUCAUCGCCGGAGUCAUCUUUGCUCACGUCACCAUCAAAUACAUCUACCUCCGCCUCUUCUCCGGAACCAAGUACCUGAACAGCAGAGGCUGGAUCGCCACGGGAACCUGGAUCGGUCUCGCAGUCGGAACAUGGACCGUCGCCUGGAUCAUUGCCGAAUCGAUCCCCGUAUUCUCCGACCUCCUCGGAUUCAUCUCAGCUCUCUUCGCCUCUUGGUUCUCAUACGGUCUCCCGGGUAUCUGUUGGUUCUAUCUCAACUGGGGCUCCUGCACCCGCAGCGCCAAGAAAAUCGGCCUGAGCCUGUUGAAUUUCACCUUGAUUAUUUUGGCUUGUAUUAUGUGCUUUGUGGGUUUAUAUGCUAGUGGUUAUCAAAUGAAGCUCGACACGUCGGGAAGCACUGGAGCAUGGUCUUGCGCGGAUAAUCAAAGGUAA